AUGACAAAUUUCGACAUCCUGCUGCUGAAGGGCGGUACGAACGGCAUGACAGAAGAAAACCUCGCCGAACUGCGCUACACAAUCCUGACAAAGGGCAUUCCCGCCAACAGUGAGGGCAUGUCCGAACUACGCAUCUACAUCUGGCUGAUCCUACUCAAUGCGCCUCCCCUCCGCACCGACGUGUACCUCGACCUCGUCCGACAAGGCGCCUCCCCCGCGCACGCCAAAAUCCAAAACGACACCUUCCGCACCUUCCAAGGCGACCCGCUAUUCCGGCGCCGCGUGACGCAAAACAGCAUAACCCGGGUGCUGAACGCUGUCGCAUGGCGGCUCAACGACGCGCACGAGGCGCGCGUCAACGGCUGGCAGUCGCCGCCCACUUUGAGCGAAUUUGGCGGGUCGCCGGAUACGAGCAUUGCGAGCCGGCACAGUUUCAGCACCGUGGGCGGCCGCGAGAAGGGGACGAGCACGACAACGGACGCCGAGCAGAUUGGGUACGUGCAGGGCAUGAACGUGCUGUGCGGGCCGUUCCUGUACGCGGCGAAGGGCGAGGUGGAGGCCUUCACCGGCUUCGAGACGCUGAUUACGCGCGAGUGUCCCGGGUACGUGCGCGGCAGUAUGGAGGGUGUGCACAAGGGGCUUGCGCUCGUGGACCGCGUGCUGGAAGUCGUGGAUCCGAAGCUGUACGGCCAUUUGAUGGCGCACCGCAUGGAGGCUAAGAUCUAUGCGUUUGCGAGCGUCCUGACCAUGUGUGCGUGCACCCCGCCGCUGCCCGAGGUGCUGCUGCUGUGGGACUUUUUGUUUGCGUAUGGCCCGCAUUUGAACAUUUUGUGUAUCGUGGCGCAGUUGGUGCUGAUACGGAGCGAGAUUCUGAACAGCCCGAGUCCCAAUCAGAUCUUGAGGAGUUUGCCGGGGCUGCAGGCCAGGAGGAUCAUCGACAUGGCGGUUAGCUUCUCCGACAAGAUACCGGAGGACAUGUACGCGGAGAUCGUCGCGCACGCAAAGUAG